CUAAUACUAGACCUAUAACUUGAAAGAUUUGGGUUUAGUUCUAGUUUUAUUCCAAUAAGAAUACACCUAAUUCUGUUUUUACGCGAACUUUUUUUACGCGAAUUUGAUAUAACACGAUUAAUAAAAUAUAUUUUAUUCUUUUUUUACUCGAUUUAAUUUGAUUUAACGCGAUGCAAGAAAUUUUAAUCUAGAAUAAUUUUGGAACUAAAAUUUCGUGUACGUGCAAGUAUGUGAAAGCGCUUGAAAGGUAUAUGAUUGUGCGAGAAUCGAUACCCCCUGAUUGCGCGAGCGCAUCAAUAGUUACAGGGGAUUUCCCUAAUUUUAUAUCAUCUCACAUCUGUUUUGGUUAAAAUAAUUACGAGUUUACAGUUUGGCUUCAAUGUUUAAGCGAUCUAAUCACAAUGUCAGCUACAAAACAAACAAAAAGAAAAGCUAUUUCUUUGGAAGUUAAAAUCAACAUUUUAGAUAAUUUAGCUAAUGGAGAUAGUGCCACCACUGUAGGGCAACGUUUCGGUUUAAGAGAAUCCACCGUAAGAACUAUAAAAAAAAAUGAGGACGCGAUUAGAAAAUCUGUAAUUGCUGGGACAAAAUUAAGUGCUCAUACAACAUCAUACACAAGAGACAUUGUGAAGCAAAAAAUGGAAAAGGCUCUUGUAAUAUGGAUGGAGGAUAUGUCUCAAAAACGAAUACCCGUUGACGGAAAUAACAUCAAGCAAAUGGCAUUAAAGAUUUACAACCAGAUUAAAGAAGCGGAACCACAAACAUCAGGCGAGAAAAGAAGAAAAUUUGAAUUUUCUGCUAGUACGGGAUGGAUGAAUGGUUUUCUACAACGACACGCGUUACAUAAUAUAAAGAUAAAGGGUGAAAUUGCAUCUGCAGAUGAUGUAGCAGCUAAGGAAUUUCCAGCAAAACUGGCUAAAAUAAUUGAAAAAGGUGGUUACACUCCAGAUCAGGUAUGGAAUGCGGACGAAACAGGCCUUUUCUGGAAGCGUAUGCCAAAUAGAACAUACGUAGCUAAAUCCCAGAAAACUGCCAGUGGGUUCAAGGCGGCCAAAGAUCGCGUAACCUUUUUAUUUUGCUCUAAUGCGUCUGGAGAUCGAAUGUUAAAACCCUUGCUUGUUAAUCGAGCUCUAAAACCACGGUCUAUGAAAGGUGUAAAUUUAGAUACCUUAUCAGUACACUGGACAGCUAAUAAAAAAGCCUGGGUAACUAGAGAAAUUUUUAAUGAAUGGUUUGUCAAACAUUUUAUCCCAGAAGUGCGUCGCUAUAUGAGCGAUAAAAGUCUUGAAUUUAAGGUUCUUCUGAUUAUAGAUAACGCACCUGGCCACCCACACAUAGAGCACCCGAAUGUUGAAUUUUGUUUUCUUCCUCCAAAUACUACUUCCUUGAUACAGCCGUUGGACCAAGGAAUUAUUGCAACCUUUAAGACCUAUUACGUAAAGCAAACAUUUCGAUACAUUUUAGAUAAAUUAACAAAUAAUAAAAAUGUAACGGUCAUUGACGCGUGGAAGAACUUUACAAUAAAUGACUGCAUCAAACAUGCUGGAUUAGCACUAUCCGAAUUGAAACCAUCAACUUUGAACGCAUGUUGGAGAUCUCUUUGGCCAGAAUGUGUAAAAAAUAAAGAUCAUGUGCCUUCUAAUAUGGAUCAAUACCCUAACAUCACAGCCUUAGCUCAUGAAAUAGGCGGAGAAGGAUUUGCUGAUAUAUCGUCUGCAGAUAUCGAUGAAUUACUAGAGGAUAAAGCACUUACUGAUGAUGAAAUCAUUAGUUUAGCGCUUGAGAUUCCCGAUGAUAAAGAAUGCAGUGAAAUUGACGAAGAGAUUCCUACCCUUACCGCAGAUGUAAUCAAAGAAGGACUACAACUCGCUGCUAAAUUAUGCGAUCAUUUUCAAAAGCAUGAUCCUAUUGAAGAAAGAUCUACAAAAUUUCAACGAGACAUUAAAUUAUUAAUGGGCAGUUAUCGUGAAUUGUAUAACAGCCUUAUCAAACCUGGAACACAACGAUCGAUAACAGAAUUUGUGACUAGAACCACUAACGCGGCAGCACAGCUUGAGAAGGAAAGCGCAUCGAAAAGUGAUAGCAAUUAGAAAUUAAUUUUCGUUUUUUUCACUAAAUAAUGAUUUUUUCUUUACUUUUAUUUUAUUAUUAUUUCAACUUAUGAAUUAUUUAUUAUUUUUAAAUAAGUUUUAUUAAAUAAAAGCACAUUAAAGUAACCGAAUUUAUCUUUCUUAAUCAUAACAUUUUAACCGAUUCUUCAAAUGUCGGAAACUAUCCAGUAUUUUUACAUAAAUACCGUAUCUUUUUUUACGCGAUUUUCUUUUACGCGAAUUUAUUGGGAACGUAUCUAUCGCGUAAAAACAGAAUUAAGUGUAUACAACAAUUUAACUCUGAAUAAUAACUAA